AUGCGGCGGCAGCAGGGCAUGCGACUUGAUGACAGAUACGUUCCGUACUUGCAGAUGGCAGGUCUAUACCAUCUUGCAAGGCUGAACGACCGAUGGUUCCGGCUAGACGAGGCCCUUGUCAGUGCAUUCGUAGAGCGAUGGCGUCCCGAGACGCACACGUUCCACAUGCCGUUCGGAGAGUGCACCAUCACACUCCAGGACGUGGCAUACCAGCUGGGUUUGCCAGUGGACGGCCGUUACGUAAGCGGGUGCUUGUCCGAGUUCCAUAUAUACAUCGAGGGUGGCCGUCCAGCCUGGGUCUGGUUCCAGGAGUUGCUCGGAGUUAUACCUCCUCCCAGCCAGGUUCAGAAGUACGCAGUGAACUGCAGCUGGUUUCAGAAGACUUUCGGGGAGUGCCCUGAGGAUGCAGAUGAUGAGACUGUGCGCCGAUAUGCCCGUGCGUACAUCAUGAUGUUGUUGGGCACGCAGCUGUUUGCGGACAAGUCAGGGAACCGGAUUCACAUCAGAUGGCUUCCAUACGUAGCGAGGCUGGAGGAGCUGGGUACCUACAGCUGGGGUUCUGCCGCACUGGCUUGGUUGUACCGGUGCAUGUGCCGAGUGGCGAACAGACAUGUCGUCAAGUUAGCGGGCCCGCUUCAGCUACUCCAGUCUUAG